GGGCCACGGGCGGCCGCAAGGACGGGGCUCCUCGGCGUCCUUCGCCAGCGGCCGCCGCCCCCUCACCCCCCCCGUGCUCACUGCGCUGCGAUCCCACCCUUCCCCCGCGGCCGCUGCCGCCCUCUCCGUCCCUCAGCCUGGUGUGCGUACUGGAGAUGUGGAAAUCAUGUAGCAGAAUCCUUUGAGCAGUUGUGAAUUAUCAGUUUCUCCCAAGAGCAAUAUAAAGUGAAGAAUGAAGGCGACUGGAUUUAUUUCCCUGUGGACGUUGGUUUCAUUGCCUUGUGGCCAGUUAGCAAAUCCUGCAGAACAUGAAGAUGUAGUAAAGCAUGCAAUAAAGCUGCACCGUGGAAAAGGAGCUGUUAUCACUCAGAGGAAGCAGUGGGUGUUGGAAAGUUGCAGAAAACUGUCUGGUCUUCUUCGCCAAAAGAACGUUGUUCUCAACAAACUAAAAAAUGCCAUAAGAGCAGUUGAGAAGGAUGUAGGACUGUCUGAUGAAGAGAAACUUUUUCAGGUGCAUACCUUUGAAAUUUUCCAAAAGGAGCUAAACGAAAGUGAAAACUCCGUCUUUCAGGCAAUCCAUGGCCUCCAGAGAGCUCUACAGGGUGAUUACAAAGAUGUUGUAAAUAUGAAAGAAAGCAGUAGACAGAGGCUGGAAGCCUUGAGAGAAGCUGCAAUUAAGGAAGAAAUGGAAUAUGUCGAACUCUUAGCAGCAGAAAAACACCAAGUUGAAGCCCUUAAGAACAUGCAGCAUCAAAACAAAAGCCUGUCAAUGCUUGAUGAAAUUCUGGAAGAUGUCAGGAAGGCAGCUGAUAGAUUGGAAGAGGAAAUAGAAGAGCAUGCCUUUGAUGACAACAAAUCUGUAAGAGGGGUAAACUUUGAAGCAGUUUUAAGGGUGGAAGAAGAUGAAACAAACUCCAAAAGAAAUGCUUCAAAAAGAGAAGUAGAGGAUGACUUAGGUCUUAGUAUGCUUAUUGAUUCCCAGAACAAUCAGUAUAUCCUUACCAAGCCAAGAGAUUCAACCAUUCCUCGUGCCGAUCAUCAUUUCAUAAAGGAUAUUGUGACAAUAGGAAUGUUGUCUUUGCCAUGUGGCUGGCUGUGCACAACAAUAGGAUUGCCAACCAUGUUUGGAUAUAUCAUCUGUGGAGUACUCUUAGGACCCUCAGGACUGAACAGUAUCAAGUCUAUUGUACAGGUGGAGACAUUAGGAGAAUUUGGUGUGUUCUUCACUCUCUUUCUAGUUGGUCUGGAAUUUUCUCCUGAAAGACUAAGAAAGGUAUGGAAAAUAUCUUUGCAAGGACCUUGCUACAUGACAGUUCUGAUGAUUGCCUUUGGUUUACUUUGGGGGCACUUGCUCCAAAUUAGACCAACACAGAGCGUCUUCAUUUCCACUUGUUUAUCUUUAUCAAGCACACCACUGGUGUCAAGAUUCCUUGCAGGUAGUGUUCGAGGAGAUAAAGAAGGGGAUAUUGACUACAGCAGCGUACUACUUGGCAUGUUGGUGAUGCAGGAUGUGCAGCUUGGUUUAUUUAUAGCUGUCAUGCCUACACUUAUCCAAGCAGGAGUGAGCACACAUUCCAGCAUUUUCAAGGAAAUACUGAGAAUACUGAUACUGAUUGGCCAAAUUCUCUUUUCUUUGGCCGCUGUUUUUCUUCUAUGUCUUGUUAUAAAGACUUAUCUCAUAGGACCGUAUUAUCGCAAGUUGCACGCAGAAAGCAAAGGGAAUAAAGAAAUCCUCAUUCUAGGAAUAACUGCAUUCACCUUCCUUAUGUUAACGCCCUCUGAAAAACUAUACUGCUGGAGAACAGAAUGUGACAGUUGCUGAUAAUGUUGUGGGUUUGAAACUCCAUUAUCCUGAAUGUGCAGAUUACAUCCUCUGAGAAUAAUUAAGCCAAAAUAUUCCUGUGCCUGCACCUUUUUUUCUAGGGGUGUUAGCUUAGUUACUACAGUCCAACAGGGAAAGCUGACCUCCUUCAGGAAGGUCAAAAAGAAGUUAGUGAGAGCAUAGCUUUACAGUUGUUGACUUCUGUGGUACAGGUUAAAAAUGUCAUUGCUCUAAACAGCUAUUCAUAUUCCAAGUGUGGCAUCUAAUAAGAGAAGGAACAAAACUAGUUUUUCCUUUUUACUUUCUAACAAGCAGACAUUACAUUCGUAGAACUUCAAUAAAAACCAGCAACCAAAUCACAAAGUUGCAUAAAAUAUGAUGAUAUCCAGAAGCAGUUUUACUUUCAUUAAGAACAUGACCUACGUAGUCUGGUGAUUGAAUUGGGUGUAUUGUACCAAAAUUGCCUGUCAAAUGAACAAGGAGCUUGUCUAUAUGACUUUACAUAAUACAUGUGGGAACACAAACCUGGGGGGGAGAAUAUGUUUCAGUGUGUUUGGAUUUAUACUGCAAAACCAGAAUGCUUCUUCAGCAUUUUCAACAAUUUUCCUGUUAGAGUUGAUAAAUAAUGUAUCAAAGGGAACAGUACAAAGGAUACUGCAGGUAACCUCAGUAAACCAGUUGAGAUGCUUGAUAUUCACUGACACAGAUACAUUCAUUAUAGUAAUGCUACAAGUUGUGGUUUAAACACACAGACUGAAAAAAAAAAGUAUUUGGUUGUCAGUUGAACAGAUCAACAAACAAAUCUUCUGGAAAACAAAUCUUUUUAUUGGUAUAGGUGCCCCUACUACGUCAGGAAUAAAAACAUAGGAUGAGGGAUGGCAAUCUAAAUUGCUGCAUGUCUUUGGAAAGGAUAAAUUAAAGUUUUUGGGUGCCAGGAAGAAAAACAAUUAAACUGCAGUGGUUCCUGCAAAGAUCUUUUUCCUGGGGAAACCAAGCCUAAGUAUGAAAGGACUUGGUAUAAUUAAUCUGCAAACACAGAAUUUUCUAUGCUGGUGUAAUUCUAAAAAAAACUUUUGAAUUUGUAGAAGAGAAAUAAGAGAGUGCCUAUUUUGGUGGCCUUGCCCAAAGACAGCUCCAUUUAGAAAAUCUGAGAGAUGAUUGUAAAUAAGAUAUUUUAACUCACUCUCUAGCAUGCAGGUUAUUCUGCAGGCCAAAUUCUUUCCAAUACAUGACAAAGAGGGUAGGAAUGAUACAGUAUUCCUGCUUCAUGCAUACAGUUACUUAUUAUGUGCUUCAGUGUUGACUGGAAUUCUGGGGCCACCUAAUUUUCUUCUGUAUUUGGAUUAAUCUGUAACACUAGCACAUGUAAUGCACAUUAUAUAUAAACUUACGUUAUUUUACUUGUUUCCUGUGUUUGAAAAAUCUCCCAUGACUAAUUAAACAAGAAUUGUCAUUUCCCUACCAAUAACGACAAAUUCUGUAUGGGAAAACAAGAGGGAAGAUAGGACAGAAGAGGUUCCUAUACUGCAGUGUGAGUAAGCAGUUUUGCUGUAAGGAUUAUCCUGUCAAUUGAGGAGCUUCCUGUAUGAUAGUGACUUCUGAGCAUUUCUGAACUGCUUGGCUCACUUGGAUAACAUUGCAACUCAUUACAUCUGAGACAGGGUCUUAAAUACAUCUCUUGGUAAACUAAGUUAAAGCAGUGCAUCUCAAAUAUGAGAUAUUUUAUGAAGACUUGGAGCUUAAGAUACCUCUUUAUAUUCCCAUAAUUAUUCUCAGAAAUAAUUGGAAUUCCCCUCCCUUUUGUCUCUCAACUAGUUAGGCAGAUCAGGUGUGGGGGGAGUUUGUGUCAAGUGCCAGUCCUAUAAAAGUAUAGCUGAGAGACACAGUUGUCCAUCUUUGGAUCUUGCCAUCAGUAACGAAGGUUUAGUAGAUCAUUGUUACACUUUCAGCAUUUCCUUUUGAAGCUUUUAAGUUGUGCAGAUAGUGGUUG